AUGAACGCCGCGUUGAAGGCAAAUCUGUAUGACAGAUCUCGCUUGAAAAAAUUGCUCCACAGGGACACCGGGGACACGCGGGACACCCGCAACCGCAGCGAUGACGAGGCGUGCGACGAUGAGGAGGAAACGGACGCAGAAGCCACCGUAGUGAAUAAAGAAGGAAGCUUUUACAAAAAGCUGUACGCCUUCAUCGAGGCCAAAUCGACCUACAUCAAUUUGGUCCUAAAGUGCAGGGCUGACAGGGAGAGCGAAAACGCCACUGCCCAGAAGAAGCGGUACCUCAAGACCAGUCGGAAGUCCCAAGACGAGGAGAAGGCCGAGCGGGAGGGGGCCUUAAAAACGGUCAGGGAAAUUGUCAAGAGGAAGUUUCCCAAGCGCGCCGAGGGGAAGAUAGACUUGUACUUGCGGGAAGUUAUAGCAAACCCGCCGCCCGAGAACUGCGCCCUGCACAAGACCCUCUUCCAAAGGAACCAAGCCAACCUGUUCGUGAAGCACAACCUAAUCAGCUACCUCCUCAACUUCGUGGACAACAACACGCUCAUGAAGCUCAAGGAGUGCUCAAAGAUAGACAGCCAAGUGGUGAGCCUCUACCUCCGAAAAAUUCUACACACCUUAUCCUUCAAGGAUGACGAAAUCAAGGCCAACAUUCACUACUGGAGAAAUGUGGUCAAUUAUUUCUUUUGCAAAACGGGCACCCUCAAACCGCUAGACAGAAGGACUUACCAACCUGUCUCCAACGAAUUUGAGAAAAACAAAAGCUUCUGCGUAAUUACAGAAGAUGCCAUGGAUGCAAAGGUAUACAUCAGCUUAGACCACUUUAGUGAAAAAUUGAUAUCCUCCUGCACACAUAGAAACCCCCUGCCACAUACGUGUGACCCUACGAGGGUACUUAACGGAGUGGAGGUUCUCCUAAAAAGUGAAAAUAUCUCUCUCAUCGAUUUUGUUGAAGAAUACUACAAAAGACUCACAGUUAAUGAUGAUGAGCUCAUGUGGCACAUAUGCCAUUUUAGGAAGUCUCCAAAAUUUUUAACUCUCCUUCUUCUCGAGUACCUCAAGUGUAUGCUCCGCGUGCUCCACAAGUACAAUGGCAAUUGUGUUUUUAAGAAAACCGAGUAUCUGGUCAACUGCGGGCAUCAUAUUACGCACCGAAUUUGGAUCCAAAUGUUCUACGAUUAUGGCUACGAAAUGGUGGUUAAUAAGAAAGAGGACAAGGCAGACGUGAACAGGGGGUCGAGAACUACUGGGGGGAUCCCCAAACAGGAUACCACUAAACAGAAGAAUGAGGCGCACACGGAUAGCGCCAUUAAUAAGACGCUCUACCUAACCAUUGCUGACCAUUUCAAGUGGGAUGCAUAG